UUUUAUUUUGUGGAACAUGCACUGAGAACUAGUUAUCGCCCACAAUAUGAGCCAAUACAGAGAAUUGGUAAAUUAAUGCUGAAAACCAAUUAAUUCUCAAGGAGAUAAUAAGCAUCGCCAACAUUGAGCAUUAAGGUGUAUAAUAAAAACAAACUUUGACAUAAAUGGUAGAACAGGAGCCUAAUGAAGAGCGAUUAAUUGACAUGGUAUUUACAAGUAAAAUCGCAUCAAAUCUACUAACUUAUUCAGUACUUUAGACUGUGGCUAGCUUUGUUUACCUACCAUAGGUAGCCAUAUUUAAUUUGGAUACUAUAGCAACGUGAGUUUGCACAUGACCAAACGACACUGUGAAGAGGUGUAUUUCAGACAUUGAUUUGCAGUGCUAUUGACAACACAAUAAAUUACAAAAUUUUUGGGCUAAUUAAGUAGUCUUUCUCAAUUGUUAAUGUAAAGUAUCAGAAAUGCUGUUAAAAGGGAUCCCAAAGUGCUUUUAUAAGUAAACUCACCUGAAUGAUAUACCUUAUUACACGAAAUUAACGCUGUGUGGUUAUUAACGCGGUUGACUUCCAACCGCGUUAAUAAAAACCGCCCUUAAUUUCUGGUCUGUGUUAAUUAAACUGCCCUUAAUUUCUGGUCCGUGUUAAUUAAACCACCCUUAAUUUGUAAUCUAAAAAAAAAACGAAAAAAAAUUCAAAACUGCCUAGUGUACACAUACAUUAUCAUUUUCGCGCAUCGAUUAAAUUUCAAGGCUAUUUCUCGCAGAGGUAUGUUAUCCUGAAAAGAACAAGAUGGAUACUAGAUUUUAAUAAAUUUACAACGAAAAGAAAUACUAAUCAUAACUAAUGAGUAAUCAUACAUUCAUCGUCACUACAGUUUUCAGCAGCUUCUUCGCAAUUGCUUUCUUCAUUGUCACUUUCCACUUCCUCAUUGUUAUCUGAAUAUGCGAUUUCAUGGCCAACAAGUUCUUCCAAGAUAGCUUUGGAGCUGUCGACAUAAUCCAAAUACAUUGGAUAUUAAACUUCUGCAACUUUUGCUGUGUAAUUCGAAAGUUUUUGUUUGUUCAGCCAUCUUACUUCCAUUUUGAUUUGUAUUUCAAGCCCACCCUAAAGUAUGGGGAUGGCCUCUGUUUUGCAUCAUUAACAAAAGCUUUGAAUUUCGCUCCUCCUGCCAAAGCAUACCAAGUAUAACGGGAAAGUUCUCUAGGAAUAUUUCUAACAAUUAUAUCUCCUAAUCGACCUCUCAAGAGCGCUUGUCCAGCCACUGCAAACUUGUACUCAUUAUUGUGUUCACGCUUAAAAGAUAUUUUUUGCCCAACAUACGGCUCCCAAUUAACAGUGUUGCAGUAAACAUGAAAACCUCUGAGUGCAGUAAAAAAUUCAAAAUGUGUAUCUGCCAUAACUUCAAUCAAAGUAGAUUUGAAGUUGUCUAUGUUGAAACCGUAUCGUGCCAAAGUGAUGGUCGAGGCGUACAAGUUCCUCAUAUCAAAGAAAGGAGUUAGUAUUAUAGAAAAUGGUUGGCAAAGUGCUGGUAUUACCGCUGCCGUUGAAAAUACUCGGGAAGUGGAUACAAAUUAUAUUCAUUUGAUCCCAUUCGAUGCUAUGAAGUAGACAUUUCUACUAACUUUUACAUUGAAUUGUUGUUGAAUAAAAAAUGUUUAGUCACAUGAAAAUUGUCAAAACUUGUCUCUAACCGCGUUAAUUUCCACACACUUAAACUAGGUCUUCUCAAGCAAUCGCGUUAAUUAAUGACCUGUUUUUUUUAACCGUGUUAACCACACAGCGUUAAUUUCGUGUAAUAAGGUAUUCACUUUUUUAAAAAACUUCAUGCGAGUCCUGACAAAUAUACAUAUUUUUUUUUGCUUAACCAGGAUCUUGGCAAUCUUUGACCUUCUCUUCCCGUUAAAAAUAAGAAAUCUGUAUAACGUUUUUAUGAACAAUUUUUUUUGAAAGGAAAAAAUAUUGACCAAAAAAUAAAUAAAUACAAUGUAUUGACAACCUUUUGGGUGUUCAUACACCCGUCUUACACAGAAAAAAAUAAAUGUACAUGAUUUAUAUUUUAAAACACUUAUUUGAGAUGCAAGUUGCAAAAUUUACUAAACAUUCAAUAUGCCACACAUCAAAAAAGUUAAACUGAGGGUGGAGGAGGGGGUGAAACACCCCCCUUCAAACCACGAAUAGGGUUAAGGGCAGUUGCAGCCUUUAUAAUUUAAGAUAGUAUUUAGCAUUUGACAACGUAUAAAACAACAUAUUUUUAACACACACAACAUCAGUAAUUAUGUGCCUUGGGAAAAUGCAAAUAAGAAGUUCCUGUGCGAUAAUAAGUCUGUAAUAAAAAGACAAAGAUAUUACAACAAAAUAAAGCAAUUGUAUGUUCAUAACAUAGUUCAGUUGCUUCCCACGUCAAUGCACAAACAAACUCUUAGUGAAAAAUUGAUUGACUUUUUUUUGCGCUUUAACUACAUUAUUAAAAAAAAUUUAGUGACAAGAAAUACAAAUAUUUACAAGCGAUAUCUGGGGUUACUUAAACUUAACAAAAAGUGGAUAUGUCAUUGGGAAUUUUUCAUGGAAAUCUUUGUAAGUCCAACUUUUAAAAGUACCUUUGGAUCCCUUUAUUCUUGGAGGAAAAUAAAAUUGAUUCUUCCUCUUACAAAAGCUGCAAAUGUAUCGGAGCAAAUUACUAAAUCAAAUCCACCAAUAAACACAAAAUAUUUUUGCAGAGCAAAAAUUAAAACGACCAAAGAAAACAAAGCAAGCACUGUCACAUCUUCUUUACAAGAGUGCAAUCGCAAGGGAGAGUUCAGAAUCAUGAGUCAAGGUCCAGUUCCAGGUAAAAUCUUUAUUGGUGGUAUGCCAUAUAGCAUGGAUGAAGAGUCUUUAAAACAAGCUUUUGAAAAAUACGGUGUUGUCACAGAUUCAUUCAUUGUCAGAGAAAGGGAAGAUGAAAACGGUGUUAAGAAGUCCAAAGGCUAUGGUUUUAUUUCAUUUGAAGAUCCUAAAGCAGCAGAAGAAGCUAUCAAUGGAAUGCACCAGUCAAUGUUAGAGGGUCGAAAAAUCACUGUUAACUAUGCUACAAAGCCAACAAACAGUAGUGGUGGCGGAGGUGGUCCUGGAAGAGGUGGGGGUAGAGGUGGCUAUGGAGGACGAGGUCGUGGUAGAGGAGGCUAUGGUGGCGGAUAUGGUGGUGGUUACGGUGGUGGUGGUGGUUACGGUGGUGGUGGUGGUGGUUAUGGUGGCGGUGGAUAUGGAGGAAACGUCAAUGGAGGCGGUUAUGGUGGUGGUGGUGGUGGUGGUGGGUAUGGAGGACCUGGCCAAAACUACUCACAAGGACAGUAUGGGCAACCAGCAGGAUAUGCUCCUCCUGCCCCAAGUUAUGGGCAAAGCUCUCAAGGAUAUAAUCAAGGAGCACAAAGUUAUGGUGGGCAACAAAGUCAAGGCUACAGUGGACAACAAAGCCAAGGUUACGGUGGACAACAGCCUGCACAAGGGGGUUACAGUCAACAUGGUGGACAGUCGUAUGCAGCACCAGCAGCAUCUACAGGAUAUAGUCAACCAACAUCCUACAGUGCAGCACCACAAACUGCUGCUUCCGACUACAGCGCUACUUCCUAUGCACCAGCACAACAAUCCUACAGUCAACAGCCUGCUGCUGCUGCUGCUGCUGGAAGUUAUUCUUCUGCCAAUUAUUCGCAAACAGCAUCAACAUAUGGAACAGCUGCAGGUGCCGCAUAUGGUGGGGCGCCGUCAGCAGGCUCGUAUGGGUCUACAGGUGGAUAUGGCUCCACUGGACAGUAAAUUAGGUUUACAGUUGGCACUAUUAAAGUAUCUCGUCUGAUUUCGUGUCUGGAAAUGUCUGAUAGUCUGGAGUUAUCUGAAACUGUCUGGAAUUAUCUGAAACAGUCUGAAGUCUGAGAUUUUAUUUUGGUUUCUUGUACCCUACAAGCUGUUUGAGUUCUGGCUGUAUAUAUUGUUUUAUCCUCCUGAAAAGAUGCCUGAUUUGAUUUUUCAAGUUUGUUAACUAAUAUUUUUUUAAAUAAUUUCCUCUGCUCUGAACGGAAAUUCUGCUUGUGUGACAAUACCACUACUGCUAUAAAAAGUUAAGCUCGACUUGGAUAAGUUUACAGGGGCUUGUGUCAGAACAAAGAUAAUUUUAGCUACUAUCAGCAGCGACAAAAGAUGCCAACUUACCAUAUGGAGCUGUCUACAUGGGAGAAAUUUAUUCACGUGGAGGCUUUAAAUGCUGUCAAGAGAUGUAAUUUUAUUUUGUACAUUGUAUCUUCUUUAUUUUAUGAACAAGAAGUUGGAAUCAGAUACAA